CUCUCGCUGCUGCCGUAAAGCCGCCUCCCUGCCGUAUUCCGCGGACGUCGCUCUGAGCCAUGGCCGACAGUUGGCAGCUCGCGUGCGACGCCUACCAGCGGGCGAUCACCGCCUCCGAGGUCGAGUCCAAGACCGAUCCGGAGAACGAGCCGUACCGCUCCAAGUACCGGGCCCGGGAGCUACUGCGGGAGGCGCGGGCGCUGCUGGGCCCGGAGGAGGGGGACGAGACGCGGCUGCUGGCCGCCCGCCUGGCCGUCAUCCAGCUCCGGCUGGGGGUGAACCACACGGAGACCGAGGAGAUGUCGGCGGGAGAGGAGCACCUGGUGAAGGCGGCGCGGCUGCUGGAGCGGUGCCGGCUGUCACAUGACUGCGUCUCCAUCUACCUCCAGGCGCAGAAUAAUCUUGGGAUUCUUUGGGCUGACAGAGGAGAGAUCAUCAUAGCCCAGACUUACUUGGAGGCUGCCGAGUCCUUGUACGGCCAGUAUAUGAAAAAGAUUGGGAAGCCACCAAUUGAUCCAGACGAACAUUUUAAACCUGAGGAGCAAAAUCUGACAGAGCAGGAGAGAGCAAAGAGGUUUGAGCGAGUUUACACCCAUACGCUGUACUAUCUGGCACAAGUCUACAAACACCUGAAGCAGGAUGAAAAGGCCGCCCAGUACUGUCACACGACUCUCCAGAGGCAGCUGGAAUAUGAUGGCUAUAACCCAGUGGAGUGGGCAAUCAACGCUGCUACUCUAUCGCAGUACUAUCUGGGAAAGCAAUGUUACAUGGAGUCCAGACACUGCCUUGCUGCGGCCGAUGUCAUUUUCAGCAAAGCUGGACAAGUCCCUUCCUCUGAAGCAGAAAAAGAAACAGAUGAAGCGGAACAGGAGCGCCUAGAUCAUCUAAGACAAAAGAAGUCUGAAAUAGCCAGAUGCUGGGUGAAGUAUUGUCUCUGUUUAGUGGAAGAUGCACGGAAAAAGCUGGAGGACAAUAUAGGUGAACUAGAUGUUGACCUUCAGGAUGAACUUAAAGCUGAACGUAAAAAGCAAGAAGAUGAGAAGGAAAAGGGUCGGAAGAAGGCGGUUUUGUUUGGAUCAAGUGAUAUAUAUGAUUCCAUUUUAGCUGUGGAAGAAAAAGUUGAGUGUUCACUUCCACUAGACUUCAAGGAGGCCAGGGAGGUAUUCCUUGUGGGUCAGAAUUAUGUUAAUGAGGCCAAAGAGUACUUUCAGCUGGAUGGACACGUCACCGACCACAUAGAAGUGAUCAAGGACCACAGCGCCCUGUUUAAGGUUCUCGCCUUCUUCGAGGAGGACUAUGAACGGCGCUGUAAAAUGCACAAACGCAGAGUAGAUAUGCUGGAGCCGCUAUGUAAAGAGUUAAACCCUCAGUACUAUCUUCUAGUCUGUAGGCAGCUUCAGUUUGAGUUGGCUGACACCUAUUACGAGAUGAUGGAUUUGAAGGUAGCUAUAGGAAAUAAACUGGAUGAGAUGGACUCUCACACAAUCAAGAAAAUCAACAGUCUAGCACAGGCGGCAAUUAAGUUCUAUGAGAUGUUUUUGGAUUCCUUAAGAAGUCCAGAUAAAAAGUUCCCAGAGAAAUUGGAGGAUGACGUUCUCCGUCCUGCACUGGUGGCCAAGUUCCAUAUUGCACGUCUCUACGGAAAGCUCAUCACCACCGAUGCAAACAAACAGCUGGAAAACAUGCAGAUAUCUCUAAGCUAUUACACAUUCCUGGUAGAAUAUUGCGCCAACCACGAAGAGGCCAUUAAGUCGGUGGAGACAGAGUUGGAACUCACCAAAGAAAUGGUGGCCCUACUGCCUGCUCGAAUGGAAAGGUUAAGGAUGCAGUUGUCCUCCUUCACCAGAGCUGCACUGUGCAAUUAGAGAUUUCUAUACAUGUCUAUUUAUUGAUCCUAAUACUCUACAGUUAACAAUUCUUGACCAUAAGAAGCAAAAAGUAAACCGCAAACACUUGAGUGUUUUUGGAUUAUUAUUUUUUUGUCAGUGGUUUUAUGUGAUUGUAUAUUUUACUUUGCAUGUGUUGGAAUGCACUAUGUACAUGUAGUCCUUUUUGAGGAAUUGGGCGACAUGCAGCCAUUUUAUGGCAUUGUCAACAUAAAAGAAAUAAACACUUCAUGGUCUGUAAUGGGA